ACUCCGUCGCUGCCCCUUCUGGCAAGCCGCUUUAUGCGCUGUCUUUAUUCUUUAACACUUGCAAACGGGCGAACGCGAGGUCAAUUGGCUUAAUUAGUGUGUGACAGGGUCUGCGCGAUGAGGGGGAAUGCGGACGAUGGGUUGUCUUUUCAGUGAUGUUUCGACUCUUUUGGGAUCCCAGCCCCGUCCAGUCCAGUCCAGUCCAGUCGAAACGCUUAUACAUUUGUGUUGCCAAUGCAUUGCUUAACGUUCCCAUCUCAUUAUAUUUGAUAGAUCAUUCUCCAUUAUCUAAAACCAGAAUAUCACUUCAGGCGGUAGCCCCAUUGAGUGGGUUCAUCAGCAGAAUAUGUAUAUAUAUUGGAAUAUAGGCGUACCACUCCACAUUUACGUAAGCCGACGCGCUCUGCGGCCAUAGCAAGUGAGCUAUUCGCGGUGACAUCCGUUUCCUUCCGCCGAUAAACUAAUGGUUACGAAAUGCACUAACGACAAGGACGUUAAGGGCAACCACAAACGCGCUUAUCAGCAGCAAACAAACACAAACCACAAAAAACGGAAAUCCAAUCAAGUCAAUAAAAAAUGCGGCUGUCUUGCCUGUUGCUAGGCAUUGCACUUGUAACGGUUAGUGUCAGUGCCCUAAAACAGGACCAGCAGCACCAGCAGCAGCAGAAGGAGAUAGGCCACAGUAGGUGGGACGGCCACUUGCAUACGGAUCUUUAUCCGCAUCGACGCAAUAAAAUCUCCGACUUCAGAACCCAGACACAGUUACGAAGGGGGAAAAACAGUCGACCCACCACCAGCCAGAAGGACGCAGAGGAGGAGGAAGGCUACGACUGGAUCGACGUGGAUACCAGCGAUGCUGAUGACCACCCCAAGCUGGCCCUGGAUCUUGCCACAGCGAGCACUGCUCCCCAUGAUGUCUUCACGUGCUGCAACCAGGUCUUUGGCUCAUGUCGCACAGCAUGCGAGAACAUAUCCUUGAUUCAAUUGGACUCUGGAAAUGCACGUGAGGAGCCACGCACGGAAUUGAGAAAGUAUUGUGAGCUGCAUCAACUGGACUUUUGGAGCUGUGUGAAUCGCACACUGGAAGCGGUUGACAGAGGUAAAUCAUGGUCCGGCCGUCGAUGCUGCCAAGUGGCCGUUCUACCAAAGUGCAAAAACUCCUGCGCAACUGCGGCGGCCAGCCACGAGCUGAUUGAAGUCUGCCGGCGCAGCGAUGAGCAAGUGCUCUACGAUUGCUUUGAGCACCAGGAGGCAGCCGACAGUUGUUGUGGCAAGGCGCGCACCUCCGAGUGCCUGCAGGCUUGCCGAGAAGUCUUUGAGCCUCCGAAUGAAACUGGAUCCGCCUACUCCGAUAGCAAAUUGGUGGAUGAGACAUGUGGGGAACGGAAUGCCGAUGUGCUGCAAUGCAUUCACAAUCACACGGAUAUGACUCCGCCGGUGGACAUUGAGAAGUACUUGCCAUGCUGCGAGUACAGCCACGAAGAGAAGUGCCAUCAAACAUGCACGAAUGUGCUGCAUGCAUCCAAGUUGAAGCAGAGAGCCGAGCGCAGUGACGUGGUUUUUGCGCGCCUUGAGGCCGGCUGCGGACUCCCGAUGCCCCAUCUCCCCUUUUGGCAAUGCUUCCUGACGGUGACUCGCAAGUUGUAUGUACCCUCGCAGGAGGGAGGAACGAGGCAGUGGCGCCCCGAGCUGUCCUCCCAGGGAGCUGACAACGAGGACCCCAACAAACUGGGCAUCGAUGCAGCCAAGCGCCAGUGCUGCGAGCAUGCCAGCAGCCACAAGUGCCGCCGCCUGUGCACCCAGAUAUUCACCAACGACUGGUGGGAGACACGUGCGAGCUUCGACACCGAGUGCUUGGAGCAGCCUGCUGAGAUGGAUCUAAGGCGCUGCAUUGAGAGCGUAGACGCGCCCUGUGAGCUGGGCUGUCAUGGACUGAGUUUUUGCAGCAAUUUCAAUGAUCGGCCAACUCAGCUGUUUCGCAGCUGUUCGCCUGCACACGAUGCGGCCGCUCGGGAAGAUUUCUUGCUGUUGCAGCAGCGCGGCUUCAUUCGUGUCUUGGGUCAGGAGCUUUACAUAAAGAACACAACGCGCUGUGCCCCUGACAAGUGGAAAGCGCUGGUCUGCGCCUUACAGCUGCAGCCCUGCACCCGGCUUGGCCUGUACAAUGGCAUUUGCAGAGAGGAUUGCACGGAGCUACUGGACGAGUGCCUGGAUUGGACUAGACAGCCGCUGCGGCCCCAAGCGAUUUGCGACCGACUGCAGCCGCCCACAGGGACUGAUGACGGAGAAGAGCCAAUGCCGUGCAUAUCACUACGUGGCUAUUUGAAAGAGAGCGAUCCAGCUGAAGUCUGGAGCGAGGGAGCGGGCAGGAUGGACUUGGCAGUCAAUUCACCCUGCGCCUCUAAGCCCUGCAAUGCCAGCGAGGUAUGUGUGCCCCAGCGAAACGGCAACCAAGGGUACUCCUGUGUUCCGGGAUGCAGUCUGGGACAGGCCUCUGCGCUCAACGUGCCCUUCGGGGCAUACGUCCGGGUGGGCAAAAUGAGCACCCCCCGCAGUGGCAUCGGUCUGGCGAGUGGUCAGCUGCUGACUGCGGAGCAUGUGGUGUGCCGUUGUGGCAUUCAUGGCAACGUGGAUCAGUGUCAACCGCUGCCCAGCUACACCCAUGCGCACUGUGUGCUGCCGGGUGGGCGAAGCUUCCGACACGGCUCAUCCUUUUACCUAGAGUGUAAUCUGUGCAGCUGCUUUGCCGGUGAAAUAACUUGCACCAAGCAGCAGUGCCGUCUGCCAGGCUACGUGGAUGUGAGCUACACCAGCUUGCCGUGCAACUGUCCUGCCCACUACGUGCCCGUCUGUGGGACUAAUGGCAACACCUAUCCAUCGGCUUGUGUGGCCAAGUGCCUGGGCUUGCUCGAGAACAGUUUUUUGUAUGGAGCCUGUAAUGCCCGCAAUGCCUGUCAGGCACUCAGCUGUCCGUCCGGCACUCAGUGUCUGGAGAAGCGUCAAGUUUGCCUUUCCAGCAUGCAGAGGCCGUGUCCACAAUAUAUUUGCGUGAAUGUCUCGUCUUCCGGCUGUGGGAUUCACCACGGGAAGCAGCUGUGCGACACAGAGGGCAAGACUCACCAGAACGCCUGCUCCCUGCUGCAGGGUCACUUUCAGCUAGCCUAUUGGGGAGCAUGUCGGCCGGAGUACGGGGCGAGGAAUGAGUUGUCCGAGCUAGUCUGCGGCACGAACGGUGUGACCUAUCGGAGUAGCUCUGCUGCACUGGCCGACUUUGUGACUGUCGACUACGUGGGUCGUUGCCGCGAGGUUGGACUGCUUGUCAGCGACAUGGGACAGCGCUGCAGGACGGUGCAAUGCCCGAGCCUUCCCUCUAAGCAUUGCUUACAGAUCGUGCCGCCUGGGGCUUGUUGCCCGAUCUGUGGCGGCGCCGCAUUUCGGAUCAUAUACUCCCGCAAACAACUGGACCGAGCCUAUUAUGCACUUCGCGGCCAGCACAGCUCUCUGCUGACUUUACAUGGCAUUCUGCAGGAGCUCGAUCACUUGGUUCAAGUCAGCGACUGUCAGCUGACCGGCUUUCUCACCAUGGAGGUGGGCAUCUUUGUGGCGCUCGUCCCUCGUGGCCGGCCCACCUUACUGCAGGCAAAGGUGUGCGCUACAGAAGCGGAGAAAAUUUCGGCCCUGAUUAGCUCGCAAUCACCACGGAUUACUACAAAUCUGGCGCUGUCCAGCCUGACUGUUUCCCAUAUGCUGGAGCCCAGUGUAAAUGGCGGCGCAUUAAUGGCAUCGCAGAAAAUUGGCCUUUUGCUAAUUGGACUUUUGAUCAGCCGCAAUAUAGUAUAUAUUUAAGUGUAAUUUAAGAUAAUUGUACGGUCUUACAAAUCAAGUGAAUUCUUGGUGCCAAACAUUUAGCAGUUAAGUUAGCAACCCCCAUCGUGCCUUUAGCAGGUAGGGAUUGACCCUCUUUAUAAUGUGAUAUUAGCAAAAUUACUUGUUGAAAUAUAUGGCGACUCACAUUGAAGACAUGGAUACGAAUAUUAUGGCUAAACAUUAAAUACCUGUAAGUUUCAAUUGUACCGACCAAAGCAGUUAUUUAUCUAUGAUUACAGCUAGUCCAAUGUAAUGUCUUGCAUCUGUAAAAUAAUA